UAACACUGCUCAUAAAACACCAGAUCACCUCUCCCUUCUCUAUAUAUAUAUUUAUUCCCGUUCUCACUCUCCCAAAAAAACCCUAGACCUCUUAACGUUGUGCCAUACCUCUAUCUCCUUUCUUGCCGUUGUCAUUACCUUCUCUCUUCCAAACUUUUAAGCAAUGGCAGUCACUUUCUACGAUCUCACCUCAGCUGCUGGCCUCAAGAAACUCGAUGACUUUCUCCUUUCCCGCAGCUACAUUUCCGGGUACCAAGCUUCCAAAGAUGAUCUGACUGUGUACUCAGCUCUUUCAAGUGCCCCAUCAGCUGAACAUGUUAACGUGUAUCGGUGGUACACUCAUAUUGAUGCUCUCUUGAGGAUCUCUGGUGUCGAAGCUGAAGGAUGUGGAGUUGUUGUCAAGGGAUCUGCUCCCAUCACAGAGGAGGCAAUUGCCACUCCUCCAUCUGCUGAGACAAAGGCUGCUGAGGAUGACGAUGACGAUGAUGUGGAUCUCUUUGGUGAGGAGACCGAGGAGGAAAAGAAGGCUGCCGAAGAACGUGCAGCUACUGUUAAGGCAGCCUCGAAGAAGAAAGAGUCUGGCAAGUCAUCUGUUUUGUUGGAUGUUAAGCCAUGGGAUGAUGAGACUGACAUGAAGAAGCUUGAGGAAGCAGUUAGAAGUGUUGAGAUGGAAGGACUUCUUUGGGGAGCAUCCAAGCUUGUACCUGUAGGAUAUGGCAUUAAGAAAUUGACAAUUAUGCUCACAAUUGUUGAUGACUUGGUCUCUGUGGACACUCUCAUCGAGGAACGUUUGACAACUGAACCCAUCAACGAGUAUGUCCAGAGCUGUGACAUCGUGGCCUUCAACAAAAUCUAAUCGAAGGAUCACGGUGACAAUGGGCGCAGGCGAGGUUUCUAGGAGUGUGAAGGAGUUAUAAAUUUUAUUUCGUUCUUAACGGAGCCAUAUUAUUAUAUUUCCUAUUCCUAUUUUUGUUGCUCAAAACUGAGUUUACUGUAGUCCUUUCCCAUUCGUUUGCGGUCCUAGUAAAAUGAGUGUCAACUUCUUGUU